GGAAGCUGACUACAGUGUUAUGCUGAGUAUCGAGGUAUGGUUGCCGACCAAGGAAGGGGAUUAAUUGUAUUUCAUAUGUGUGUGUAGAUAACGCUUUGUAUAUAAAUCCAGUACUGUUUCGAAUUUUUGUGUUAGAGAAAAAAACCCUGGACAGCGUUCAUUUUGAAAAGGAAAAUAUUUAUAACAAUAAUGGAAGGAGAAAUUCAGGAUAAAUCGGAAUCUCGAGAAAUGACUCAACAAUCGUUGUUGACGGCGUUAAGUCGAUUCGUUCAAGCCGUAGACGCAAUGGAUGACGCCGUGAUGAUUCCCAGCAAACUUCGAGACAUGGAGGUUCUACAUAUUGACGAUGACAUCAUUCGAGAAGUCAACAACAACAACAGCAGCAGCAGCAACAGUAAUAACACCAAGGCUUUGUUGCCAGCCUUACCGGCUGGGGCGGAUAUGUACAGUUUUUAUUCCAUGCUGAACGCGGUGAAAAGUGAAAUCAUAACGGGACCUUCUAAUGAAACAGCAGACGAGAAUUGUGACUCAACAGCAGCAGACGAUGCCGUCGUGAACGUCAGGAAAACGGCGCAAGCGUUCAGACACCAUCUUUCCGGUCUUUUUGACGUCCUGCACCAAAUGACCGAAACGGCUAAAUAUCUCAAAUGUAGGUAUGAAACUGAAGUCACUCAAUCGUCGUCAAAAGUGUCUACUUUCACGAUAUGAUAGGACAUUAUAAUGUAUUAUAUAUGACUAAUAUGACAUAACUUUCUUCAUGAAUGAUGAAAUACCUUUCUUUUUUUUCUUUUUUUUUUAAAUGGAAGAUUUUUUCUUUUUUUUUACUAACUAACAGUUUUUGACGCAAUCUGUCGAUAAAAUGUGUGGAUGUGAAAUGAAAUUAUUGUACAUAACACUGUUCACUGUUAUGGGCGUUGCAAUACUUACUGUAUAACACAUACACUGCGGCGGAUCAAGAAACUAUGAUGGAGGGUUUCUUAAGUGUGGAGUAAUAUUUUUCACCUAAUUCUCGUGUUUCAUCUAGUAUUUCACCGAUGUUGAAACUGAUUUUUUUUUUUUUUUUUUUUUUUU